CUUCUUUUUAUAUACAUUUCCAGUUCUACGAAAAUCGAAUUCUCAUACACAAUAGUUAAUGUAGCAAUUUUCGCCAGCAAAAGUCGAAUAUAUAAUUAAAAAUUAUAACUAUGUUUCUUUAUUGUAAAAUUCGAACUUAAGAAGAACUGACAAUUAAUUUACUUUGUAUCAAUUUGUGUUUCAAUAAUCCAGAUUUUGGCGUAGAGAAUACAAUGAAGAAUCCAAUUAUUUCCAACCUGAGCAACUCAGUAUCAGACGUAUACGAAAUAGAAGGUGACGUCAGAAUCCACGGCAGCACAUCCACAAUCUUCAUAUCUUCGCCGCCACAGCAGAUCAACAGUACAACAACCAAACAAUUCUGGUCAACGAAACCCUACCCCCGAAAAGAGGACACCGUCGCCAUGGCUAAAGUCACCGCUUUCAAAAUCCAAUACGCCACCGCCGUAUCGUCUCCGCCGCAGUGCGACCAAAUAUUCACAUCUCCGGCGGUCGUAUUCUCCGCCGGAGGGUACGCCGGAAACCACUACCACGCCUUCGUCGACGUCCUCGUCCCGCUCUUCUCCACCUCCCACCAUUUCAACCGCGACGUCGUCUUUCUCGUAACAAACGACCUCUCGGGGUACAACUCCUCCAGCUGGACGUCCAAGUACAAAUCAAUACUCGAUCAAUUAUCCAAACACGAUAUUUACAAAACCGACACCGAGAAUCAGGUGUUGUGCUUCUCAAGAAUCGUCGUCGGCCUAAUCAAAACCCCAAGAGAGUUCGCCGUCGUCGACCCGCGUUACUCCACAAACAAUAACUCGUCUACGAGGGACUUCAACAAGAUGGUCCGAAGCGCGUACUCGUUGAAAAGAGAAUCUCUGAGCGAGGACAUAAGAAUAUUCCGCCAGCCACGUCCUCGCAUGCUCAUCAUUCGGAGAAGAAGAGACCGCCACUUGUCGAACGGGAAGGAGACGGUCGAAAUGGCUCGGAGUUUAGGGUUCGAUGUUGUAAUGAAACCGGUCGUGUGGAACGUUUCUUCGGUUGCACGGUUUGUGAACUCGUUCGACGUAUUAGUUGGUGUGCAUGGGGCUGGUCUUACGAACAUGGUUUUUCUGCCCGAAAAUGCGGUUGUUAUUCAAAUUGUGCCAUUUGGUUUGGAGAACUUGGCCCGAAGUUGCUUCGGAAAGCCCGCCGAGGGUAUGAACUUUAGGUACUUGGAAUAUAAAGGGAGUUUAAAUGAGAGCUCUUUAGUGGGGAAAUAUUCGGACGGGGCUAAGGUUUACGCGGAUCCGGCUGCGAUUUACCGGAAAGGGUUCGACGGUUUUCGUUCGGUGUAUUUGGAUAAUCAAGAUAUUAAUCUUGAUUUAGGUAGGUUUAAGGGAACCCUUUUGAAAGCAUUGGAGCUCCUCCGAGUUUAGGGUUUGCUUUAAUUUCCAUGGUUACACGAUCAUUAAUUUGAAUGAAAUUUUGAAUUUGAUGUUUAGUAUAUUUAUUCUCUUUUCAAGUACUCUCUCUUGCAAUGUUUUGAUA